AGCUAACCACCGUAAAAAUCUUCAUUGCCACCUCCCAAGCCCCAAGCUGGUCACUGGGUGCUUACUCCACACGCAGACAUCUAGGUUUUGGCCAUAUAACUUCCCGCCCAAAACCCCUUACGUUCGCAAAUUCGCCAUAGGUUUCGAAUCUUUGAUCCUUCAAGCCACCUGGUAUAGCUUCAAUGGCGGAAACAGAAACUGCUGAUACUAGUAAAAAUGUUAUCAAAGUUGAGGAAGAAAUCGAAGGAGACCAAAUUGGCACAAAAAACUAUCGUUUCAGCAAAAUCGGCGAAUCUGUUCCCAUCAAAUCUGAUGCAGAUUUCAAAUUCGAUAUGGACAACCUUCCGUCUCGUCCCAUGGCAGUCUCAGAACGUUUUGGAGUGAUUAUUGUUGCUCAUUCCUCCGGGUUUUGUGUUGCAAGGACCAAAGAUGUUAUGGAUUCAGCAGAAGAGUUGAAAAAUGGAGGCACUGGUCCUUGUAUACAGGAGCUAAGUGUUGUGGAUGUUUCUGUUGGAAAGAUUUCCAUAUUGGCAUUAUCUGCAGAUUCUUCCAUGCUUGCAGCCUCUGUUGGUUCUGACCUUUAUUUUUUCUCAGUCGAAGGUCUUCUUAAUAAGGAUCAAGAACCUUCCUUUUCCAAGUCAAUCAAUGGCUCAAGUUGCAUCAAAGACAUGCAGUGGAGUCCACGCUUGAAGCAACAGUAUGUUGUUCUUACAAAUGAUGGAAAUUUAUACCAUGCAGCUGGCCAAGAUGAUCUUAAUAAUCUUAUGGACAAUGUUGAUGCUGUUAACUGGAGCAUGGAUGGAAAGUUUCUUGCUGUGGCGAAAUAUGAUUAUUUAAGCAUUUUAUCAUCAAAAUUUGAAGAAAAGUUACAAAUUAAGUUACUAUUCGAUUCAUUAGUUGAUGAUUCCGCUCCAGAUUCUGUUGUAAAAGUGGAUUCUCUCAGGUGGGUCCGCCCAGAUUGUAUUAUCUUAGGAUGUUAUCGUCUGAAUGCUGAUGGGAAGGAGGAGAAUUAUCUACUUCAACUCAUCAGUGUCAAAGAUGGAAAAAUCACAAAACCCUCUUCCAAUCCAGUGGCUUUGACUUUUAGUGAUGCGUUUCUUGCUAUAAAUGAGGAUGACAUUCCAUCUGGAAGUGGACCCCAUAUGUUUGUGAGCUAUGUGGAUGAAUGUGAGAUUGCAUUUGUUGCUAAUAGGAAGAACACAGAUCAACACAUUGUGCUAUUUGGUUGGUCUUCAGAUAAGAAUAAUGAAGCUGAAAUGAUAGAAAUCACAAAUGAUGCAUGGAUUCCAACAAUUAAUCUUCAAGAAAACAGUGAUGAUAAUCUGAUAUUGGGGCUUGCUGUUGACAAAGUUUACAAGGAUGAGAAACUUAGACUCACACUUGGGGAACAAGAUACAGAAGUUUCACCAUGUUGCAUUCUUCUUUGCCUUACUAUUGAUGCAAAGGUUUUUAUGUUCCAUUUUGCCAGUGCCACAGGCCCUUCCCUUUUGUCAGAAGAUGCAACUUCUUCUGUCUCUGAUGAGGAAGUUGAGUCUUCUCCAAUCAGUUCUCAAAAUCAAGUGAUGAAUAUUGUUAACAAUAAUAAGCAAAUUGAGGAUCAAACUCCUCAAAAAGUAAAAGUGGAUGAACAAAAUGAGAAAGCACACAGUGAAGCUCAUACAAUGAAAAAAGACGAAAAAACCAACUCUACAUCAGUUUUACAGCUAGAUAAAGGUGCUACACAACAACAAGUUCCUGUUGUUAAAGAUGUGAGGAAGAUUGAAAAUGAAAAAGUUGCUGAUUCUGUUUCAAAAAAUGAUAAAUCAAACAAAACACUAUUUGGAGGUUUAGAAUCAUCUUUCAAUAAAGCUUCUUCAUUUGGUUUUCAUGGUUCAUCUGGAAGCUUCUCUAGUUCUUCAAAUGUUUUUGGGAUGCAAUCUUCUAAGGCUUCAUUUGGUUUGAAUACUUCAUCUGGAUCAUCACCCUUUUCUUCAAAUGCUUUUGGGAUGCCAUCUUCUUCUUCUUCUUCUUUUUCGUCUUUUUCUGGUAUCCAAAGGAGUGCAGAAUCAUCAGGCAAAAUAGGAUCAACUAAUCUGCCUGUUUCAUCAGGAACAUCUUCUAGUGGAGGCAUGUUUUCUUCUAGAACUUUUGAGCUGAAGUCUCCCUUUUCAAAUACAGGAACAGGAACCACACCUUUGAAACUUUCAUUUCCCAAAAUGCCCUCUGCUCCAUCCACAACUACUUCAACCACAUCUGGGGUUAAUGUUAUCAACACAUUGCCUGUAAUGUCUACUACACCACCGAAUCUAGGAAAAUCUUUGGAUUUGAGAUCAUCUGACAAAGGAAAUUACAGAAGUCAAACUCAGUCAAGGAUGUUAAAUUCUGACCCAAAUCUAUCAGAACAACACAGUGUUGAAGAGAUGGCAAAAGAACUAGACACUCUGUUGGAUUCUAUACAAGGACCAGGUGGUUUUUAUGAUGCCUCUGUUUCUGCCCAUAAGCAAUCUGUUACAGCUCUGGAAGAGGGUAUUUUGGUACUUUCAGAAAGAUGCAGAAAAUGGACUGACACAAUGGAUCAUGGGAUUGAAGAGGUUCAACUUAUCCUUGACAAGACUGUUCAAGUUUUGGCAAGGAAAAUAUAUAUGGAGGCAAUAGUGAAACAAGCAACCGAUAGUCAAUAUCUAGAUAUUUGGAAUCGCCAGAAGCUGAAUUCUGAAUUGGAAAUGAAACGUAGACAUAUUUUACAGAUAAAUCAGAAUUUGACAAAUCAGCUAAUAGAACUUGAAAGACAUUUAAACACCCUUGAACUCCAAAGAUUUGGUGAUAAAGGCGACCUUGAAACGAAUCGAAGAUCUUUCCAUACGAGACAUGGCCCACCAAGGCACGUUCAGUCUUUACACAGUUUACACAACACCAUGAAUGCACAGUUGGCAGCUGCAGAGAAACUCUCUGAAUGUCUUUCAAAACAAAUGGCUGUGCUUAGUAUCGAAACGGGACCCACAAAAAAACAAAACGUGAAAAAGGAGUUAUUUGACACAAUCGGAAUCUCCUACGACAAUUCUCCAAGUCAAGAAAAAUCUAGGUCAGUCCCACCAAAAAGUCAACUUGUAAUCUCUGCCAGCUCAGACACAAAGAAAAGUCAACAAAGUGCUGUGAAGAGUUCUGAACCAGAAACAGCAAGAAGGCGCAGAGAUUCUCUCGAUAGGAGCUGGGCAAGCAUUGAACCCCCAAGAACAACUGUAAAAAGGAUGCUUUUGCAAGAGGAGCGGACAAGUACAAGUACAAGUACACCUCCCGCCAGAUCAUCUUUGCCACCUGGCACUAGAAAACUCGAUCGGUUGUCUGUGGGUCCCACGGUUUCUCAUAAUAUGCCAUCAGAAACACAAAUAAAGCGACAUUCUGAGAGACAAUUGAAUUCCUCCUCAAUUUGGGGUAAUAACAGUAACAGUAACAGUAACAGUUUAGAUUCAACAAAAACUCCACUGGUAGCAGCUUCUGUGCUUUCUUUAGGCUCUGUUUCACAUUCACAGUCAACGCCUGUUGUAAGUCAAGAGGUUGAAAAGUCAAAAAGCCGUUUCACCUUCAACUUAAAAUCAGAUGACCCAAAAAUUACUCAACAGCCUCCAAGUUUCUUGGAACCUUCAAAGUCACCUGCAACAAAUAUAUUCCAGAAGAAGCCUCUUGACUUCUCAGAAUCAAGCAAUAAAGAAACCGAAAAACCAAACUUUUCAGUUGGAGACAUGAACCAGAAGCCGAAACCCAAAGUGGCAGAAAGCUCCUCAAUUUGGUCAAAGAAGAGUCAAGAAUCACCAUUUUCUGCCACGUCAUCAUCUACUGCCUUUUCUGGAAAAAGUUUCUCUUUGGAUUCAUCAUCAUCAUCUACGAAAGAGAAACAGCUUAGUGAAGCUGUGUCUUCUUCUGUUGCAUCAUUGUCUGUUCCUGUUACUUCAACACCUGCAUCCUCAACGCCUCCCAUUUCAUUUAGUAAACCAUCAACCAGUUUUGGGAUCCAAUCAGGUGCUACUCAGACAACCACCCCACUCUCUGCACCUUCACCUUCACCUUCUUUUCUUUCGUUUUCAUCCUCCAUUAAACCUUCAGCCAACUUAGAUUUGAACACUUCCAAAUCAAAACCAGAUACAACUGAAACUCCAACUCCAACACCUAGUCUACUUUCAUUACCCAAGUUCGAUAUAAAACCAAAUGAGAAUUCUUCAACUCAAAUUUCACCUCCCACCCCUGUGGUUUCCUCAGUUGCCACAAGUAGUCCCUCUCCUUCGUUAUCAUCAAAUCCAAAACCAAAACCAGAACAAGAACAAGCAUCAUUAGUGAUACAAGAUGCUGCAGUUUCACAGGAAGAUGAGAUGGAGGAAGAAGCUCCUGUACCUGAAACACCUCCCACAUUGGGAAAUUUCAGUGGGUUUGGGCUCGGGUCAUCCCCAAACCCGAACCUGGGUGCACCCAAACCGAACCCAUUCGGUGCACCAUUUGGUAACCCGGUAGCUACUCCAUCUCAACCGGUUCCUUCAUUUGCUCCUUCUCAACCUACUGGUGGUCUGUUUAGACCUGCAUCCUUCAACAUUGAAUCUUCACCACCCAUGCAACCUUCACAACCGUCUCAACAACCAAAUUUCAAUGCGUUUUCUGGCGGAUUUGGUGGUGGUGGUGGUGGGCAGGGGUUUGGUCAGCCGCCUCAGAUUGGGUCGGGUCAACAGGUGUUAGGGUCGGUUCUUGGUUCUUUCGGUCAGUCGAGACAGUUUGGUGCUCCAAGUUCUUUUGGGGGUUCCGGUUUCGGUGCCAGUCAAACUGCUGGUGGUUUUGCUGCUGCUUCGUCUGGCGGUGGGUUUGCCAAUCUGGCUUCCGGCGGUGGAGGUUUUAGUGGUUUAGCCACCAGUGGUGGUGGGUUUGCAGCGGCAGCUACUAGCGGUGGUGGAUUUGCCGCUGCGGCUACUGGCGGUGGUGGUGGAUUUGGUGGUGCCGCAGCAGGCAGUGGUGGAUUUGGUGGUGCUGCGGGUGGUGGUGGGUUUGGUGGUGCUGCAGGUGGUGGUGGAUUUGGUGGUGCUGCAGCGGGUAGUGGUGGUGGAUUCGGUGCUUUUGGGAGCCAAGGUGGAAGUGGAUUCUCUACAUUUGGUAGUAGUGGAGGAACAACACCAAGACCUCCCUCUGAGCUCUUUACACAGAUGAGAAGAUAGAUAAUCAUAUAUAGUUUCAAAUCUAAUGUUGAAGGUAGUAUAUUCCUAUAUGUUUGUUUAUCUAUUAAACAAAACCAAUAUGAACAUUUUUUUUGUUUCUUUAAUUAAACAAAUGUAUUUCUUUUCACGUGAUAACGAGUUCAAUGGUUUUUUGGUUA